CGUCCGCAUGAAGCUCUAUAAAAACGAGCCGUGUGAACAUGAGAUCUCUCAUAUCUAAAUAUCCAGAGAGAGAUGGCGGAAAGCAAAGGGAGAGGCAUAACGGUUCUGAUGCUACCAUGGCUAGGCUACAGCCAUGUAUCAUCUUACCUAGAGCUCGGCAAAAGACUCACCAAAAGAGGUGUUUCUGUUCAUCUAUGUUCAACCCCAGUGAAUCUAGCCUCAGUCAAAAAAGCCCUUCUAAACAGCCCUUCAAUAAAAACAAUCGAGAUCCAUCUUCCCAAUUUGCCAGAACUUCCUCCUCAUUACCACACAGUAAAUGGCCUCCCACCAAACCUCCUCUCCACUCUGAGAAAAGCCUUUGACAUGGCAGCCCCGAACUUGUCGGAUAUCAUUCGAACAUUAAAACCAGAUUUGCUUAUAAACGAUAUUUUCCAACAUUGGGCGCCGCAAGUGGCUCUGUCCCAGAAUGUUCCAACGGUCUCGUACAUCACAAAUGGCGCCGUGACGACGUGUUACUGGACUCAUUUUGAGAUUAAUGGGCGCCACUCUCCGUUUCCUUAUCCGGAAAUAUAUGUCACGGACUAUGAAAAGGCCAAGUUUGAGAAAUUGAUGAAAGUGCAUGCUCAUGGCAUCGGGACGGCUGAGCGUGUCAGCUCUUGCGUCAGGGAAUCAAAACUGAUUUUAGUCAAGAGCUGUGAUGAGAUUGAGGGAAAGUAUAUUGACUAUUUUUCUACUCUGUGUAGGAAAAAAGUUCUCCCAGUUGGUCUACUUGUUUCUGAGACUGUUGAUUGGAAACAAGAUGAUGAUUGCGAGAUUUUCGAGUGGCUUGACAAAAAAGAUGAGGCAUCAACGUUGUUUGUUUCGAUGGGGACCGAGUGUCACUUGUCGAAGGAAGAGGUGGAGGAGAUGGCUUCUGGACUCGAGCUGAGCGGUGUGAAUUUUAUAUGGGUUGUUAAGUGUCCCGACAGAGAUUUUAUCGGUGAUUUUCUUAAAAUAUUUCGCGAAAGAAUUGGAGAAAAGGGAAUUAUUUUAGAGACAUGGGCACCGCAGACCAGGAUAUUAGCGCAUCCAAGCAUCGGGGGAUUCGUGAGUCAUUGUGGACGGGGUUCGGUGACGGAGGCAUUAGCCUACGGCGUUCCGAUCAUUGCAAUGCCAAUGCAGUAUGAUCAGCCGCUGAAUGCUAGAGUGGUGAACGAGGCUGGGUUGGGCGCGGAGGUUAAGAGAGAUGGGAAUGGGAGAUUCCGGGGAAGCGAUAUUGCAGAAGUUAUAAAGAAAGUUGUGGUGCACAAGGAUGGGGAUGAAAUAAGACGGAAGACGAAAGAUUUGAGCAAGAGCCGGAGGGAGAGUGGGGACAAAUAUGUAGAUAUCGUGGUGGAAGAAUUGCUUCAGCUUUGUAAUAUCUAGUUCGGGGAGUUUAUAUGAAUAAUUAUAUUGUGAGUGAUUAAGUUUAUCAUGUAUUCCAUAUAAUAAUAAAUAAAAAAAUUUAAUUUUAUAUUCUAACAUAA